AUGUACCAGCUCACCCACCUGCAAGUGCGCAUGUACCAGCUCACCCACCUGCAAGUGCGCAUGUAUCAGCUCACCCACCUGCAAGUGCGCAUGUACCAGCUCACCCACCUGCAAGUGCGCAUGUACCAGCUCACCCAGCUGCAAGUGCGCAUGUACCAGCUCACCCAGCUGCAAGUGCGCAUGUACCAGCUCACCCAGCUGCAAUUGCGCAUGUACCAGCUCACCCAGCUGCAAGUGCGCAUGUACCAGCUCACCCAGCUGCAAGUGCGCAUGUACCAGCUCACCCAGCUGCAAGUGCGCAUGUACCAGCUCACCCAGCUGCAAGUGCGCAUGUACCAGCUCACCCACCACUCAUCCACACUCUGCCACGCUGCCAAUCUCGUGUCCCUGUGCUUGCCUCUAUCCUCGUGUCCCUGUGCUUGCCUCUAUCCUCGUGUCCCUGUGCUUGCCUCUAUCCUCGUGUCCCUGUGCUUGCCUCUAUCCUCGUGUCCCUGUGCUUGCCUCUAUCCUCGUGUCCCUGUGCUUGCCUCUAUCCUCGUGUCCCUGUGCUUGCCUCUAUCCUCGUGUCCCUGUGCUUGCCUCUAUCCUCGUGUCCCUGUGCUUGCCUCUAUCCUCGUGUCCCUUCUCAUCUCUCGUCUCUCAUCUCGCAUCACGGCAUUGGAGCAGGCCACGCCAAUUGUCUUCAAGCUCGCCAUCGUUCUCCUACAGGUAUCUUCCCUCUUACCUCCUCGCACCUCGCACCUCAUCCCACCUCCUACCAUCUCUUGCCAUGCAUCUCUCACCCACUUCCCAUCACCCACCUCUCCUCUCCUCCCACAAAUCCCCUCAUACUUCCCAUUCUCCUCCCCCCGUCCCUUUCCCCUGCUCUUCCUCCCAGUUCCCCCCCCCUGUCCCCUCCCCCCGACCCCUCCCCCGGUCCCCUCCCCCUUUCAACUUCCCACAUCCCCUCCCACACCAGUGCCUAAGAGCCUUCCUUCAGCUCUGCCUGCACUCCUGUCUCCUGCGGUGAGCGAGGAGGAGAUGGAGGAGCUCGUGUGCAAGGCCAUGCGGGUGGAGCUGGUGUGCAAGGCCAUGCGGGUGGAGCUGGUGUGCAAGGCCAUGCGGGUGGAGCUGGUGUGCAAGGCCAUGCGGGUGGAGCUGGUGUGCAAGGCCAUGCGGGUGGAGCUGGUGUGCAAGGCCAUGCGGGUGGAGCUGGUGUGCAAGGCCAUGCGGGUGGAGCUGGUGUGCAAGGCCAUGCGGGUGGAGCUGGUGUGCAAGGCCAUGCGGGUGGAGCUGGUGUGCAAGGCCAUGCGGGUGGAGCUGGUGUGCAAGGCCAUGCGGGUGGAGCUGGUGUGCAAGGCCAUGCGGGUGGAGCUGGUGUGCAAGGCCAUGCGGGUGGAGCUGGUGUGCAAGGCCAUGCGGGUGGAGCUGGUGUGCAAGGCCAUGCGGGUGGAGCUGGUGUGCAAGGCCAUGCGGGUGGAGCUGGUGUGCAAGGCCAUGCGGGUGGAGCUGGUGUGCAAGGCCAUGCGGGUGGAGCUGGUGUGCAAGGCCAUGCGGGUGGAGCUGGUGUGCAAGGCCAUGCGGGUGGAGCUGGUGUGCAAGGCCAUGCGGGUGGAGCUGGUGUGCAAGGCCAUGCGGGUGGAGCUGGUGUGCAAGGCCAUGCGGGUGGAGCUGGUGUGCAAGGCCAUGCGGGUGGAGCUGGUGUGCAAGGCCAUGCGGGUGGAGCUGGUGUGCAAGGCCAUGCGGGUGGAGCUGGUGUGCAAGGCCAUGCGGGUGGAGCUGGUGUGCAAGGCCAUGCGGGUGGAGCUGGUGUGCAAGGCCAUGCGGGUGGAGCUGGUGUGCAAGGCCAUGCGGGUGGAGCUGGUGUGCAAGGCCAUGCGGGUGGAGCUGGUGUGCAAGGCCAUGCGGGUGGAGCUGGUGUGCAAGGCCAUGCGGGUGGAGCUGGUGUGCAAGGCCAUGCGGGUGGAGCUGGUGUGCAAGGCCAUGCGGGUGGAGCUGGUGUGCAAGGCCAUGCGGGUGGAGCUGGUGUGCAAGGCCAUGCGGGUGGAGCUGGUGUGCAAGGCCAUGCGGGUGGAGCUGGUGUGCAAGGCCAUGCGGGUGGAGCUGGUGUGCAAGGCCAUGCGGGUGGAGCUGGUGUGCAAGGCCAUGCGGGUGGAGCUGGUGUGCAAGGCCAUGCGGGUGGAGCUGGUGUGCAAGGCCAUGCGGGUGGAGCUGGUGUGCAAGGCCAUGCGGGUGGAGCUGGUGUGCAAGGCCAUGCGGGUGGAGCUGGUGUGCAAGGCCAUGCGGGUGGAGCUGGUGUGCAAGGCCAUGCGGGUGGAGCUGGUGUGCAAGGCCAUGCGGGUGGAGCUGGUGUGCAAGGCCAUGCGGGUGGAGCUGGUGUGCAAGGCCAUGCGGGUGGAGCUGGUGUGCAAGGCCAUGCGGGUGGAGCUGGUGUGCAAGGCCAUGCGGGUGGAGCUGGUGUGCAAGGCCAUGCGGGUGGAGCUGGUGUGCAAGGCCAUGCGGGUGGAGCUGGUGUGCAAGGCCAUGCGGGUGGAGCUGGUGUGCAAGGCCAUGCGGGUGGAGCUGGUGUGCAAGGCCAUGCGGGUGGAGCUGGUGUGCAAGGCCAUGCGGGUGGAGCUGGUGUGCAAGGCCAUGCGGGUGGAGCUGGUGUGCAAGGCCAUGCGGGUGGAGCUGGUGUGCAAGGCCAUGCGGGUGGAGCUGGUGUGCAAGGCCAUGCGGGUGGAGCUGGUGUGCAAGGCCAUGCGGGUGGAGCUGGUGUGCAAGGCCAUGCGGGUGGAGCUGGUGUGCAAGGCCAUGCGGGUGGAGCUGGUGUGCAAGGCCAUGCGGGUGGAGCUGGUGUGCAAGGCCAUGCGGGUGGAGCUGGUGUGCAAGGCCAUGCGGGUGGAGCUGGUGUGCAAGGCCAUGCGGGUGGAGCUGGUGUGCAAGGCCAUGCGGGUGGAGCUGGUGUGCAAGGCCAUGCGGGUGGAGCUGGUGUGCAAGGCCAUGCGGGUGGAGCUGGUGUGCAAGGCCAUGCGGGUGGAGCUGGUGUGCAAGGCCAUGCGGGUGGAGCUGGUGUGCAGGGCCAUGCGGGUGGAGCUGGUGUGCAAGGCCAUGCGGGUGGAGCUGGUGUGCAAGGCCAUGCGGGUGGAGCUGGUGUGCAAGGCCAUGCGGCUGGUGUGCAAGGCCAUGCGGGUGGAGCUGGUGUGCAAGGCCAUGCGGGUGGAGCUGGUGUGCAAGGCCAUGCGGGUGGAGCUGGUGUGCAAGGCCAUGCGGGUGGAGCUGGUGUGCAAGGCCAUGCGGGUGGAGCUGGUGUGCAAGGCCAUGCGGGUGGAGCUGGUGUGCAAGGCCAUGCGGGUGGAGCUGGUGUGCAAGGCCAUGCGGGUGGAGCUGGUGUGCAAGGCCAUGCGGGUGGAGCUGGUGUGCAAGGCCAUGCGGGUGGAGCUGGUGUGCAAGGCCAUGCGGGUGGAGCUGGUGUGCAAGGCCAUGCGGGUGGAGCUGGUGUGCAAGGCCAUGCGGGUGGAGCUGGUGUGCAAGGCCAUGCGGGUGGAGCUGGUGUGCAAGGCCAUGCGGGUGGAGCUGGUGUGCAAGGCCAUGCGGGUGGAGCUGGUGUGCAAGGCCAUGCGGGUGGAGCUGGUGUGCAAGGCCAUGCGGGUGGAGCUGGUGUGCAAGGCCAUGCGGGUGGAGCUGGUGUGCAAGGCCAUGCGGGUGGAGCUGGUGUGCAAGGCCAUGCGGGUGGAGCUGGUGUGCAAGGCCAUGCGGGUGGAGCUGGUGUGCAAGGCCAUGCGGGUGGAGCUGGUGUGCAAGGCCAUGCGGGUGGAGCUGGUGUGCAAGGCCAUGCGGGUGGAGCUGGUGUGCAAGGCCAUGCGGGUGGAGCUGGUGUGCAAGGCCAUGCGGGUGGAGCUGGUGUGCAAGGCCAUGCGGGUGGAGCUGGUGUGCAAGGCCAUGCGGGUGGAGCUGGUGUGCAAGGCCAUGCGGGUGGAGCUGGUGUGCAAGGCCAUGCGGGUGGAGCUGGUGUGCAAGGCCAUGCGGGUGGAGCUGGUGUGCAAGGCCAUGCGGGUGGAGCUGGUGUGCAAGGCCAUGCGGGUGGAGCUGGUGUGCAAGGCCAUGCGGGUGGAGCUGGUGUGCAAGGCCAUGCGGGUGGAGCUGGUGUGCAGGGGAGGCGCCGCGGCGAGGUGA